AUGGUUUGACAGUAAAUGACUAUUUGAAGACAUAAUUAACAUUAAGAUGAAUGUGAUAUCACUUUAUUAACGAUAAACUGAUGUCAAAUACAAUGAUAUUUUUGUGAAUAAGAUUUGUCAUUGAUUUUGAUGUGAAAAAAGAUUAUCAAAAGCUAAUGAUUUGAUAAAAUAUAUAAUUUAUUUGAUAAUAUUGUUGAAGAUAUGGACGGCUCAACAAACGGUGUGACCACUCGGUCGGCAUCAGAUCAUACGCUCAUUGCUUUGACUCAAGAAGAUGAUAGUGAGGCCACAAAUAGGACUCAAUUGAACGGCAAAUCAUCACACGUGACAAAUGGUCACCGAUUGCCAUCAUAUAUGGCCAUCAGUUGUGCCAUUUCUGGCUAUUCUGAUUAUAACAGAUACUGUUCCUCAUUGCGGACCAAUAGUUACGCCCGACGUGACUAUAGUUUAACUCAACUCAAGAGUUCAGCUCAAGAACCGGUGAAUCGCAUCAAUGAGUUAGUGAAUCGCAAGAAUAGUAUGAUUGGGGAAGCAUUGAUUACAAGUAGACAUAAUCUAAAUGAAGAUAUUGAUGACAACGAAAGUUGUGGAACCGAUAGAUCACUGGAUGUGACAAACUGUGACAUAAACAGUGAUUUAAAUAAUAAGAACUCAUUAUUAGAGCAAAGGAUCGCCAGUUUGUACGGACAGUCAUUUGCUAAAGACUGGAGAGAAUCGCGAUCUAAAACCAAACAAAAGUCGAACAAUUCAUGCAUUUUAGACAAACAAAGAAGUCCUUCGUGUCCACCAAUUCAUAAAUUAUCACAAAAUAAGACCAUUAAACCAAUACAAAUGAAUAAUACACUGAAUCUAAUAAAAUGCAAAACAACAUCAACUAAUAUCAACCACGAAGACAACAAAAUUGAUAAUUUAAACGAUUCUCUUAAUGAUAAUCUAAACUUUAAUCAUUCAAAUACCGAAAAUCAAAUAUCGAAUAACGGGAUCAAUGAUGAAGUGGUUGUAUCAGAUAUAACACUUAACAAAGAGUCAAAUGAAGACACAAACAAAAAGAUAUGUAAUAUAAAUGAUGUCCCGGAUUCAUGUAUUCAAAGUAAUAGUUAUAAUAUAAAAGAUGGACAUUGGUUUUUGAAUGAAUUAAACAAUACAACUCAAGAUAUACAACAAAAGAUAGAUCUGACCGAAGAGCUGCUUCAAAGACAGAAUAGUCAAAUGAGUGAAGAGAUUUGUGGUAAACUAAGAGCAGCCAUCGGAAAGGCUAAUCUACUUAUAAAUAAGAAAUUUAAACAGUUUCAUGAAUUAUGUCUCAAAAAUAUUAGUCAGAUCAAUUCCGAACAAUUCAUUACAACUAAUGAUGAUUUGGAGGGUUUUUGGGAUAUGGUUUGCAUUCAAGUCACUGAUAUUAACAAUACAUUCGCCCAAAUCAAUACACUUGAACAAAGCGGUUGGAACUAUGAGUUAGAUAUACCAAAAAUGAUGACAUCGACGCCAACCAAAGCUCGGUCUCGAAAGUCUACUCCUAAAGGAUCGCCCGCUAAAGCCUGUGAUGAAAACAAUUCAGAACGAGAUUCUGAAAGACGAAAUCGUCUUAAAGAAGCAAAAAGAAAGGCCAGACUGAAGGCCGCACAGACUAACGAUGAGAUCACUAUAUUUGUUCCCUCAAAAGCACUCAAUAAUUAAAUUUUCAUUUUUUUAAUUUAAACUUA